AUGAGCCUCAGGCGCGUCCCCUCUCGGCUGCGCAGGCGGAAUGAGGUCCCAGGAGCACACGACGUCCUGUGGAGACGACGAAGUCCAGGGUUCGACGUCCGCAGACUCGAGGAGUCGGGUCGGUCUCUCUCGCUGAUGCGGACCUGUGCGCACCUCUGCGUAGGGCCCGGCUGGGGGACGCCGCCCGGCUGCCCCCUCGGUCAGCCUCUCCGGCUCGGGGUCAGAAGGGCCACGCCCCCGGCCGGCCCAGGCGGCCGCUACCUGGUGCUGCGACUCAGCGUGGUGCCUGAGAUAAGGGCGCUCGCGACUCUAGCUCAGUGGAUAUUCCUUGCAAAAGUGCUCGUCCUCUCGUGUCGCAAAGCGCGGACAUCGGUCGGGAAAGCGAGCAGGCUCGUCGUGGCCUUCCAGGGCGGAGGGCAAGCCGG